AUGACGCCUAUUAUCAAAAAUGUGGCCCUCGCCGGGGCUAGUGGAAAUGUUGGGGCUCAAGUACUGAACGCCUUGCUCGGUCUCAACUUCAACGUAACGGUACUCGCCCGCAGUUCUAAGCCCUUUCCAGCAGCCGCCAAGGUAAAAAUCGUCGACUUCACAUCUGUGGAGUCCUUGUCUGCAGCUUUGGAUGGACAGGACGCCGUAAUCGAUACCACAUUCUCGCCCGAGGUUGACACAUCCCUCAGACUGAUCGAGGCGGCGGUCAAGGCCCGCGUAUAUCGCUUUAUUACCAGCGACUUUGGCCUCGAUCCUGAAAUCCCGGGCGUUCAUAACAUGCCCGUUUUCAGUCAGAAGAAGGGUUCGUAUGAGGCUGUCAAGGAACAAGCAGCCGCUAACCGCCUGACAUACACCCUGGUUGCAAAUGGUCCUUUCCUUGAUUGGGGUCUCUCGACGGGCUUUUCGGGUCUGAACUUCAGAGAAAAGACCGCCUGGAGAUUUGGUGAUGGAAACAAUGUUAUUCCAUGGACAACGUUGGCGGAUGUGGGAACUGCAACUGCAAAUGUGCUUUUGCAUCCCGAAGAAACCCUGAACCGUCCCGUCUAUAUCCACUCCGUGUUCAUGUCACAAAAUCAACUCCUCGGGGCUGCGAAAUCGGCUUUGGGCAGUGAGGAAUGGACAGUCACGAACAAUGAUAUGGAACCUCUUCUGCAAAAAGCUUUGUCGGACCUUCAGAGUGGGAAUAUUACUGACGCCACCUUUGAGAUCCAGAUCAAGUACUGUCUGGCCACCAAAGCGCUUGCGCAUCCCUGGGAACGAGAUGAUAAUUCCCUUUUGGGGCUGAAAGAAUGGAGCGCGGAGAAGGUGGAAGAUCUGGUUAGGGCGAUUGCCAAAGAGCAGAUUGACCUGGUCUAG